AGGCUUCGUAAUCCCCCUCUCCAGUCUAAACCUCACAUCAUUAACCAGAGGAGAAUCAGACUCAAUUUGACUGAGGCUUACUCUGAAUACGAGAUGACUGAGUCAGCUGAUCAGAACCGCGAAACUCUUGGCCUUCUCGGUCGCCUUCCCCUCGAGCUUCUGAACCAAGUCAUCUACACCCUGCCGAACGCCGAUAUCAAGAACCUCCGCCUGACAUGCUCGUAUCUGGGGACCGUUUCCCUUCCUCGCCUCAACCGCAUAUUUCUUUCCACAAACCCGCAUGACAUUGAAGUCUUCACCUCAAUUGCAGAUCAUGACAUCUUCCGAUUCAAAGUCACCGAGAUCAUUUACGAUGAUUCUCGCUUUGAUAGCUCUUAUGGCACGCCGCAUGAUGUGUACAUAGAGGGAGAUGAGGGAGACAUCGGCGACGUCACAGGAGUACCGGAUUGGUUCCGUAUGGUUUAUAGUUGGACCAUCUAUGACCUUGAUUCAGAGCAGGAGUAUCAGUAUGUACCCCAUGUCAAAGAAGCUUUCAAGACUCGUUGCACGCCAAUUGAAUCAUAUGCGGUCUAUGACAAGAUGUACCGCGAGCAAAAAAAAGUCAUUGCCUCGAACCGGGACGCCGACGCGCUGAGAUAUGGCCUUUCACGUUUUCCAAAUCUGAAAAGAGUCACUCUGAGUCCUGCUGCUCAAGGAAUCCUUGGAAGACCAUUGUAUCCGACACCUACCGUAAGGUCUCUUCAAGAGGGCUUAAUACUCCCCCUGGCACGUGGUUGGCCUGUGACACAUUCGUUUGAGGAUUACCCUCUCAUGCCGUGGGAUGACAGAUCGAGACGAGAGUGGCGUGGAUUUUGUGUCGUCACGAAACAGAUCGCUCAACAUAUUCGGCAGAACCCGAUGUCUAGAUUUUCGGAGCUUGUUGUAGAAAACCGUCAACUUUGGACAGGAAUUAGCUGUCGUCUCUUUGACAACCCAGUCAGUGAUGAAUGUCGAGAUCUGGUCACCAUCCUGAGUCAUCCUCCACUGAAACGCUUUGAACUCGCACUUGCCUGCGGUAGUGAGGCCAGGGAAAACUGGCGUUCCUUUCGUUCAAAACUUCUUUUCAAGGCUCUAAGCAAAGCAAAGAAUUUGCAACACCUUCGUUUCUAUACUAGCAUUCCGCUUAUGAGCAGGAGAUGGCACGAAUUUGUGGAAGACGAACAGGAUGGGAUGCCUCUGUGGAGCAUAUUCCCAGUCAACGAGUGGUCAAGUCUACGUCACUUUGCCCUUUCUCGCUCUUUCGUGAAACAGAGAGAUGUUAUGAGCUUCAUCUCUGCGCUCCCAUCGACACUCGAGUCGGUUGAGUUGAGUUUUCUCAGCUUUCUUCCGCGCGAGGGGAGUUACAGGAGUUUAUUACAAGAUAUGCGCAAUAACUUGGGAUUGAGAGAGAGACCGGCAGCCAAUCAGCCAAAGAUCAUUGUAUUUGUCGUUGACAGGGAUGAUACGAGAGAUGGCGUUGUUACAGACGUUAGUCGGGCUGUAGAGGACUUCCUUUAUCAUCAGGGACAAAAUCCAUUUGUAGAGGGGCAGACCAUGGAGGUCCUGGAGGGCAAAGGGAGACUGGUAGACGUUCUUAAUCCUAUGUAUGACGAGGAAAGCUAGUGUGACAGAGGUUCGCGUAAAUCUAGGAAUUACAACCCAUGGUCAAAGAAUAAAG